UUGAAUUAUUGGCACUGACGUCGGACACGUUUUGUGCUUGGAAGGAAAAUUACAGUUUUGAGACUUUGUGUUGUACGUGAAUCAUGGAUAAUUGUGAAUGGAAUUCGGCGAGUAGCGUGGACUCUGAUGUACUCUCAUCACUGCCACCACUAGUCAUAUGGACCAGCAGAAGGUCUACUGCGUGUCCUCCACCGCCAAAUAUAGCAGCAUCGUACGGCUCAUCUUAUGGAGCACAUAACCACCCAAAUGCUGAAAGCGGCAAUCAAGUAGCGACCUCUGAAUUCUUCUACGGAUAUAAUCCUCCUCUGCGUUCCUCAUUCAGCUCUUGCAACACUCCAAUAUCUACCUCCGAUGCCCUUCAAGAUCAUCGUUUCAUGGAGGAUGUGGCAGACAAGUUCAGGGAGCAACUACCAGAGUUCCAGAGUAACAACAAAACAAACGCUACUAUUGUUUCGACAACAGCUAUCGUAAACCCAAGCUCAAAUCCCAUGACACCUGCAGUGGACACUGACAAAAGAUCGCAAGACAACGGUAACCAAACUGUUAACCAUCCCGUCUCCGUUUCAUAUCACUACACAGGCCAUGGGCACGUAGCGUAUGACUCGGAAGGUGGCAAUUACUCAAGCAAGUCUGCCGAUGUGGACCUUCACAUUAUCGGACGUAUUCCAGUAUCUCCUCUUUCGUCCAGCUUAUGUGAAGAUCCCAAACAUCACGAUCGUAAAACGUUCAACAAUAUGCACACCUCUGAGUCGUUUUCGAAGGAAGUUUGUCAACUUCAAAUUGACAUUACUCAGCCUGAACCGUUGCUCAGCAAGGAAACAGAUACGUCACUCGAUCGCCAGAGUGACACACUGGAUCGUGCGCAUUCACAACCUGGAGAAAAGCCGCUUAAAUGUAAGCAAUGCGAUAAAUCAUUUUCUGCUCAAUCUUGUUUAAUAACAUCUGAUGAAUGUACACAUCCAGAAGAAAAAUUGUUAAAGUGUAAAGUGUGCGAUAAAACCUUCAAUAGGCGAGCUAAGCUUACCAGUCAUGGACGUGUUCACUCAGGAGAGAAACCCUUUACGUGCAAGCACUGCGAUAAGUCAUUCAGUGACAAAUCCAAUCGAACUGCUCAUGAACGUAUCCAUACAGGGGAGAAACGGUUUCAGUUCUUUGUCAAAACUCCUCAAAUCUUCUAA